ACUUGAAAGUAAAAAAACCAGUCAAUGAAAUAAAUGCCUGAGAAGUCGAUAUUCAUCAGGCAACUGCUCUCAGUUGGCUAAUGAAUACUGAAUACGAUGGCAAGUCUAACACGCCAGCCAUUAUCUUAGCUUUUAAUCGCACAAUAAAUACAUUUUAUCAUUUUAUAGCGACUUACCUAUUUGUGAUACGUACCAGUUGCUUUUCCAUCAUAUGUACCGAAUACUUGAACCAACAAGCAAGGUAAAAUGCGCAAAAUGCAGUUUUUCAGUGUAGUUUUCUGUGUAAUUUAUGCGGUUUUGGUGGCCAAAUGUGAAGAAGGCCAUCACAUAGACCAGAGAAUCUUGGAAGAUGUGGGUGAAACUCAGCAGGCGAAGAACAGUGAAGAAACACCAGUAUCAAUUCCCGAAAAUAGCUCUAGAUUGGGAAAUUUUGAUCUUCCGCCGCCAUCAAGAUUAGCAGCUAUUCGCGCUAACUGCACUUUACCGGCAAACUUUUCAGACCCAUCCACCCCCAUAAGGCCUGAGUGCUUGAUGAGGAGCGACUCUUCCGAAACAGGCCCAGUCAGAUUUGACGGUCAAGACGACUAUAGUGAAAAGGGUGUUGAUACGGAAGUGGCCGAUCUACUGAACCGCACUCAAGAGCAACUAGACGCAGUGGAAGAACAUCAGCAUCCACUAGAGCCAGAAUUUCCCCAGCAUAUUCCCGACAAAAUCGCAAAUCAAGCCGAAUUUAUUGAAGAUGGGGAAAUAACUGAAGAUGUCUUAAGGAGCCACCGAGACGACAAUGUGAGCGAGUUUUCACACGGACCGUUGGCGGUUCUUUUGGUGACCAUACUGGUGAUUUUGGCGGUUAUUUGCUACGUCGCUCUACUCUUAUGGAGGAAGUAUCUGGAGAAUAGAUACGGAAGCCGGACACUGCUGGUAAGCGCCGAAGAAAUUCCAGAACCCAAUGAUAUGAAACACUUCACGAUUUGAAGUCACACCAAAGAAACUUAGGGUAAAACCACGUUAAUUUUAAGGCAAGUUGUUCAAACUGUUUAGGCUGUAAAUAAACUUAAGUGUAAAACUUUA